AUGAAAGCUAUUCAACUUCAAGGACAGGCUCCUCCAAACACGGUUUUGAUCGACAUUGAUACUCCAACGCCAGGUCCUGGAACGGUUCUGGUUAAAAUUCGAGCCUCUGCUAUACAACCUAGUGACCUGCUUAAUGCCAAGGGAGGAUUUCCAUACACUACGUUUCCGAGAAUCUGUGGUCGUGAUUAUGCCGGAACCAUUGUAUCCGGACCAAGAGCUGGUGAGGACGUUUACGGAACCAGUGGAUUCACAUAUGCUUUCACCAAGGACGGAUUUCAUGCAGAGUAUGCUCUAGUUGCGGAAGAUGCUUUGGCAAGGAAACCCAAAAACCUGUCUUUUGUCCAAGCCGCAUGCAUCGGAGUUCCUUUCACCACCGCCAAACUGGUUUUGCGUAAGGCCAACGUAAAAAGCUCAGAUACAGUUCUGGUAAUCGGGGCGGGUGGAUCUGUGGGUUCAGCUGUUGUUCAAGUGGCCACCGCUAUUGGUUGUCGAGUUUUGACAGCAGGACGCAACGACAAGAUGGAUGUGAAUACUACCAAGGAUGUGGAAUUGGCAAGCGUUUCUGCACUUACCAACAAGAACGGCGGCGUUGACGUUGUGAUCGAUACCGUAGGAAGUCCGGCGAUCACCAAAGCUGGAAUCAAAAUUUUGGCGCAUGGUGGGAGAAUCGCCAUAAUCGCCGCACCCGGCCAAGUCGAUCUUACUUUCGAUAUGAAAGACUUGUAUCGUCAUGAAAAAUCCAUCAUUGGCUGCAAUUCGUUGUCGUACGAUGCUCACACCAUGGCUUUAGAUAUGGCUGAGUUGGCGCCUGAUUUCGAAAGUGGAAAGUUGCUACCUCCAAGGGAAGAGUUGUGGACUCCCAUAAAUCUACAGGAAGCAUUGCAAGUGUACAAAAUGGACAAAAAAGGUGUCGAAAAGUACGUGAUAGUCAUGGACCAUUGA